UUUGGCGGGGACAUCAUCAGUUGAGAUCUAACAACAACACGGCAACAACAUGGAAGGUACGAGUGCGAUGCUUUCGCCGAUGAAGAAUAUUCCCGAUCUGUCGAAAACGACUCCGAUCAAGACGAUGAAGCUUGAAACGUUCGCUACCAGUCCCGGCUUGAGUGAUUUUGCAAUUUACCCAUGGAAAUGGGCCGAGAACGCACAGAAAAUACAACUGAGCCCGUCAUCAACUUGCAGUUCGCCGGGGUCUGACAAAGAGUCGGCGCUGCGACGAGGUCGUCCCCGUGCCGAAGUCGUCGCCAAUCUGAUGAAAGAAGGCAGGGUGUCGUGCAACUCGAUUCGCUGCAAUGUCUGCAAUCGUGUAUUUCCCCGUGAAAAAUCACUGCAGGCACAUAUGAGGACGCAUACAGGGGAAAGGCCAUAUGUAUGUGAUUACCCAAACUGCGGGAAGGCUUUUGUACAAAGUGGUCAACUAAAAACACAUCAACGACUUCACACUGGUGAAAAACCAUUUGUAUGUACAGUUCCAGGUUGUGAAAGUCGAUUCACACAUGCCAACCGCCAUUGCCCAGACCAUCCGUUUGCCAGAUUGAAGAGGGAAUUCAAAGAAUCCAAUCAUGCUUCUCUUUCUCAGCAGAACGAAAAUAAUGAGGAAGUCGCUGAAUGGAUCAACAGAUACACUGCAUCACAGCUGGAGAGGUCACCAACAAUACAGAAAGACAAGCAGCUGAAAAGGCGACUAGAGCAGGAUGAGAAAGAGGAAACGUUGUCGGAGAAGAAAAAAGCUCGGUUAGCGGCAAAGAGGAGGCUUCAUGAACAGCGAGAGAAGUGGUACGGAGCUUUGGCACUGAUACAACUAUCAACUGCUGGGCUAUAAAUGGAAUUGAAUUUGAAGACUUUUAUCUGCUGGUGACAGCUUUGCCUUCACAAGCUAGCUAGGUUGUCUGUGCGCCCCCUUUGUGAUCCAAAUUCUUUAUGGUGGUUUGUGCCAUCGCUGUUCUUCAGAAAUAUGGUUUUUUGGAACACAAAGGAGGCCACUUUGCGUACUUUAAAGAUAGUAUUAUACCCAGAAUUAUAUUGUCCCAAGUUGUAAAUAUUUUUGCUCCAUCUUUUAUACUUAAAUUAUGAAAAAUCGAAGAUUUAUACUGAAUUGCAACAAUUUGAUACCUUAUUUAAAAAUAUAAUAGUAUUUUUGAAACAAGUAGUUUUGUACUUGAUAAAAACUGUUUGAGAAUUUUUUUAUAACAUUCACAAUGUCGCAGCUUUAAAAUUGUUGCUGCUUUUUAAGAAUAUUUAUACAAUUUCACGAAUCCUCACAAAGUUUUAAUAUUGCCAUUAAUUCAGAUUUUCUGCAGUGACAAAAGUGAAUUUUGUUUGCAGUGAACUCGAGAAAUGCCCAUUUUUCAAGUCUAAAUAGUGCUAGUGUGAUGCAUAAGAAUGAUGUAUUGUUUUCAGCUUUAAUGCACUUGAAUUUGAUAAUUUAUGGUUGUAUGUAGAUGUUGAACUUGAACUCUCUUGGAGGUAGAUAAUUUAAUGUCGUAGAUUUUUACGUCUCCAUAAGUAUUCACUCGGUUGAAGGCAAUAACCAGAUAGUUUUAGCUUCAAGAAUGAAUUAGGUAAUUUGUCAGGCAGCUCUCGUACUGACCUACAAUUGUAUGUAAAUAUCAUUUCAUAUAUUUCUUUCUCUUUUCUGAGAGCCUUGACUGGAAAGUUUCUUGAGCUUGUUUUCUAUUUUUUAUCCUUUUCAUUCUUUGUUUCAGUCGAGAGUUGACCAUUCAAUUUUUUAGAUAUAAAAUGAAUAUAGCAACUUUUAAUCACCAAGGCAACGACAAUAUGAAAGUGCUACAAUGUCAGUUUCUACCUUUAACAGAAAUUUAUUUUAUUUAUUGACCUCAGCGGCCAUCCUCACUGCCAUGUGAUGCAUGUAUAUUUCUCAAAUUUUUGUAACAAGACCUUUUAUUUGUAGGAAGUCGUGUUAAAUUUGUUCUGUUGUCGUGCAUUGCUUUUUUUUCCAUGACUGCAUUUGUUUGCAGUAUAGAUGGAAAUAAAUAUAUUAUACAAAA